GGGCUCUUGGGUCUUUUUUAGCGCCAUCUGCUCUCGGCGCCGCCUCCUGCUCCUCCCGUCUCCGCUGCCUCCCUGAGUCACUGCCUGCGCAGCUCCGGCCGCCUGGCUCCCCGUACUAGCUGCCGAUAUUUGAAGUUCUUACAACAUGGCAGACAUUGACAACAAAGAACAGUCUGAACUUGAUCAAGAUUUGGAUGAUGUUGAAGAAGUAGAAGAAGAAGAAACUGGUGAAGAAACAAAAAUUAAAGCGCGUCAGCUGACUGUUCAGAUGAUGCAAAAUCCUCAGAUUCUUGCAGCUCUUCAAGAAAGACUUGAUGGUCUGGUAGAAACACCAACAGGAUACAUUGAAAGCUUGCCUAGGGUAGUUAAAAGACGAGUGAAUGCUCUCAAAAACCUUCAAGUUAAAUGUGCACAGAUAGAAGCCAAAUUCUAUGAGGAAGUUCAUGAUCUUGAAAGGAAGUAUGCUGUUCUCUAUCAGCCUCUAUUUGAUAAGCGAUUUGAGAUCAUUAAUGCAAUUUAUGAACCUACAGAAGAAGAAUGUGAAUGGAAACCAGAUGAAGAAGAGGAAAUUUCGGAGGAGCUGAAAGAAAAGGCCAAGAUAGAAGAUGAGAAAAAAGAUGAAGAAAAAGAAGAUCCUAAAGGAAUUCCUGAAUUUUGGUUGACUGUUUUUAAGAAUGUUGACUUGCUCAGUGACAUGGUUCAGGAACAUGAUGAACCUAUUCUGAAGCACUUGAAAGAUAUUAAAGUGAAAUUCUCAGAUGCUGGCCAACCUAUGAGUUUUAUCUUAGAAUUUCACUUUGAACCCAAUGAAUAUUUCACAAAUGAAGUGUUGACAAAGACAUAUAGGAUGAGGUCAGAACCAGAUGAUUCUGAUCCCUUUUCUUUUGAUGGACCAGAAAUUAUGGGCUGUACAGGGUGCCAGAUAGAUUGGAAAAAAGGAAAGAAUGUCACUUUGAAAACUAUUAAGAAGAAGCAGAAACACAAGGGACGUGGGACAGUUCGUACUGUGACCAAAACAGUUUCCAAUGAUUCUUUCUUUAAUUUUUUUGCCCCUCCUGAAGUUCCUGACAGUGGAGAUCUGGAUGAUGAUGCUGAAGCUAUUCUUGCUGCAGACUUUGAAAUUGGUCACUUUUUACGGGAGCGUAUAAUCCCAAGAUCAGUGUUAUACUUCACUGGAGAAGCUAUUGAAGAUGAUGAUGAUGAUUAUGAUGAAGAAGGUGAAGAAGCGGAUGAGGAAGGGGAAGAAGAAGGAGAUGAGGAAAAUGAUCCAGACUAUGACUCCAAGAAGGAUCAAAACCCAGCAGAGUGCAAGCAGCAGUGAAGCAGGAUGUAUGUGGCCUUGAGGAUAACCUGCACUGUAAUAGCCUAUACACAACUAUUAUUUACUUACGCCUUAUGUUUUUGUAUUUUCUUGGUAGACUCAGUAAUUUUUUUUAAAGGAAAGGAAUUGAUAUUUUAAAGACAAAUUUGUUCUACCUAGCAUUUUAACUAUAGCUUUUCUGUCAUAUCUGUUGAAUGCACAAGUUCCCUCACGCAUGUUCAUUCAUUGCUGCAGUUUGGUUCUUCUGGAAUAUUUGCAUCAUGUAGCUAUUGGAGUACAAUUAUAAAAAUUAACAACUGUUAAAUUAAAAUAAAUGUUUUUUGUUUGCUAAUUUUUUUUCCUGAAGAACCAAAGUAGUUUUCAGCUGGUAGUAGAGUGAGUUAAGUCUGCUUGCAUCGUUGUGCUUUUCAUUUAUUUGUUACAGAAAUGCAGUGAAUUUUUACUAAUAUAACUCAUCAUUUGAGGGGAAAAAAAUCCCCAUAACAAACAUGGUUAAGAAUUUCCAGUAAGACCAACCUGAUAACUCUUAGGAUUAUUAAUGGAAUAUAGUUAAGUAUAAGGAAACCUAACUCAUAAUAUGGUUAUUGAUUACCACAGGGAGGUGAAUAAAACAAUUUUCAGAAGGUUAUUAACGUGAUAAAAGUGUACUUGUAAAUUUAACCUCCAUUAACUAAGCAUCUUUUCUUUGUGGUAGGGUCUACCUUCUGCUUUCCUGGAAAGGAUGAAUUUACAUCAUUUGCCGAGCCUAUUUCAAGUUUUUUGUUUGUUUGUUUGCUUGUUUUUGUUUUUGCAGCCUAAAAUAAAAAUGUCAAAUAUAAUAUUA